AUGGUAGUUAAAGGAGUUCGACGUGCUGAGAUAGAAGAUAUUCCAAAUAUUGAAGCACUUAUUAAUGAGGUAUCCGAAGCAUAUUUUGGUGAUGUUAAUGUGUCUAAAAUAAUUGAGCACUCAUUUUUAUCAAUUUGUCUUUACAAUGAGAAACAAAAGAUUGUUGCGUUUAUGUCUUUAAACAAUGCUCCAAAUGUUCCUGCAAUACCCUCAUGGGAUUGGUUGCCUUGGAUUGAAAAUUUGUAUAUGGAGGAAGACAAUGAUGAUAUUGUCCCAUUAAUUGAUGAGUAUUCAACCAAUUUGAAAGAUUUUUAUGGUGAAUUCUAUGUAGCUGAAAUUAUUCAAUCAAUAGAAGAUCAAAAGCUUCGAGAAACAAGGGACAGAAAUUUUAUUGUUGCUGAGUCAAAUGGUAUUGCUGUUGGAGUAUUAUGUUUAACUUCAAUCAUUGAUUAUGAUAUAUUGAAUCAAUGUUUUGAAUUAAAAGCGUAUAAUGGAUUAAAAAAGGCAAAUCCUAAGGAUCAAAGUUUUGAGGAUGUUACUAUUUCGGAGACUGUCGAUGAUACAAAAAGUGAAAACAUGGAGGAUACUGUUGUACACAAUCUACUAACACAAACACCACCAGAGUUAUCAGAAGGAGUUAUUUCAGAAGUGUAUUCAGAUGGUGAAAAUCGACUCGUGUCAGAAUCAACAGAAUCCACUGAUAAUUUCUCACUAGUUGAUUCAUUCCCAUCUUAUAACACAGGGUUGAACCUUUCAGAACCUUUACUCACAAAGGAUGAAUUGUUACCCAGUAAAGUUCAUGUGGCAUUUAGUUUUGUUUUAUUAAGCAAUCGUGGUAGUAUGAGUUCAAGUAUGCACUCGUUUGCAGUUGAUUCGCAUCGGGAAAUGACAACUACAGACAAAUUGCCACGAUAUUUUGGUGAAGAAAAUGCAUUUGCAAUUGAAUUGUUUGCUACUAAUGUUGAGAAUGAACGAGCAAUUACACCAGAUUUGAUUGAAGCUUGUUUUGAAUGCUAUCCAAAUCGUGAAUAUUGUAUUUUAUCAAUCCCAUCAACGUAUCCGCCUUGUCCUUUGUUACAGCGUUUCGUCAAAGUUCCACCACGACCUGGUAUUAUAUAUCCUCAUGAAUUGUAUAUACUGCAUCGAAGCUGUUUGUUUGGCGAUAUUAAUGUACGUGAAGCAUGUAUAGAGGAUAUAUUAUCAAUUAAAAAUUUGCUCCAUCAUUCUCAUCAUCGCUUGAAUGAAAUUAUUUCUGAUAUCACACAAUCGAUAAAAGACUAUAAUAGUCCAACAAAAUCCUAUGUUUUAAAUGUGCAGAAUGCUGUGGUUGGAUGUAUAUGUCUUCGCGAGGAACACGAAUUGGAUUAUAUAGUCGCACAUUACGAAGUGGAUGAUUAUAUACAAAUGGAACAUUAUCCAUAUGGAUCAUUUGGAGCAAUUGUCCAUGGAAUUAUUUCACCAAUGUUUCAAAUACAUAAUCGUUAUUUUUUUAGUGAAGUUCAUCGCUUAAGCGAUUUACCAAUCUUAUAUUAUUGCCUGUAUUCUGACUUAUCUGAUACAAGUUUAGCAAAUACUGUAUCUGAAAUGAUUCCAGUUAAACCUUCGUUACGUUCGGAGUAUCACCCCAAUAUUGAAAAAGAUGGUGAUGUUCCACAAGAUUUUAUUUUACGUGAAGCUCCCCCAUUUGCUUUACAAGUAAUGAAUUUACGUCAUUGUAGCAUACCAAAAAUGGAUGUUAAUUUAAAAAUUGUUGUGGUUGGUGCAAGUGAUACGGGUUUAUCAUUUUUAGAAAAUUUAGUUUAUGGACAAACCGCCUCGUACAUUACAUUUACAAAUAUUACAUUAGUCUCAACUCAUGGCUUCAAUUAUUAUUUACCACCAAAUAAGGCAAGAGAUUUACUGUUCCCAUUUGAGGGAAUGUUUAAUUAUCAACGAAUGUUACAAAUCUGUUUACACGCUUAUGUACAUUUAGUAAAAGGUGUAAUGAAAAUUAUCAAUAGAAAAGAAAAGUAUAUAAUUUUGGAUGAUGAGACCAUCUUGCCAUAUGAUUAUCUAUAUUUAACAUGUGGAGAACAAUAUUAUGCACCAAUUAACCUGUAAGUAUAAACGGAAACAUAUUUUAAGCUAACUUUCUAUCUAUAAUAAAGACUUUUUGUUAUUAGCCUUGAAAAUGAUGAAUUUCCAAAGAAUUUGUUUGUGAUAAAUACAGAAAUUGAUGGUCAAAAUUCAUUAGUGUUAUUGAAGCAAAUGGUGGAAGAACAUAGCAAAGAAUUAUCAUGUGUACCCUUAACGUUUGCAGAUACUGUUAUUGUAUAUGGUGCUACAAUAGAAGCAUAUUGCUGUUUAUCGGCAUUACGGCAAAUUGGUAUACCUGGUAAAUAUAUAAUUUUCGUUGAACCAUUUCCAACUGCUGAAAAUGAAGUAUCUCUUUUUAAUGAUGGGGAAGUUGAUGAAGCAGUUGCUGAUUCAAUUGAAAAAGAAAAUAUUAAAGUAUAUUCAUCGUAUACAUUGAAGCAAUGGAAUUAUAAUAAAACUACAAAACUUUUACAAUCCGUAACGUUUGAAUCUAAAUUUAAAUUAAUAACUAUUUCAUGCCUUGCUAUGUUUUUCUAUGAUCGAAAAAUAGUCAGUCAGGCGAAUGUUUCCGCAAUAGUACACGCUGGUGGGCUGGUUUACGAUGGUCGUUUAGUAAUUGAUCCAAAAUUUAAAACAAACGUUCCAUAUAUAUUAUCAGCUGGAUCAAUAACCAAAUAUUCACGGAGAUAUUAUGCAGACAGUUUGUCUCAAAAAUAUUUCAAUCAUUAUGAAGUUGGUGAAAGACUUGCUUUAUAUGCGAAGCAAGAAAUGGAUCCAACUUAUACGCAAACUAAAGAAUCAAAAUCGGAAUCCGAAGUGUCAGUAUCACAAAAUAUAUUAACUCCAUUAUUUUCGAAGCCCCGAAUUAUAUAUUGCACUUUGCCUGGUAAAUUAAAAUAUUUAUACAUUACAAAACCUGGAAUACCUAUUUCAGUUGAGGUAGAAAUGAAUAAAGAAAAUUACGGGCGUGUACUGAUAACUGGACAAGCUAAAAGUUCAAAAGAAGGAUAUUUUCGUUUACACUUAAAUGAAAAUAACUUUGUGGAAACCAUAACAUGCUUGACAAAAAAAGAAAUUGAUGUGCAGAACAUGAUAAAAUUGUGGGGUAAACAUGAAAGGUUACUAAAUAAAUUAGUACAAAGAUUUGAAAUGGAUUUAGUACCUGAUUUAUAUGAAUACUUUCGUGAACCAUGGGCAUAUGCUAUAUUUCAUGAACGUUUUGAAGAAGGAAUUGAGAAAUUUAAUAAACUUCUUUUGCAUGGCUUAAAACCAGGAUUCCCUAAUACAAUUAUUACGAGAAUUAUUGAACUUUUCCAAAAGAAUGAGUGGCAAGAUCUUACGCCAGAGCAAAGAAAUGAAAUUGUUGAAUUAUACGAAAAAUCUUCUCAUAAAUUAAAAAUCGAAGAAAAUCUGUUACAAUUCUUAUUGACGUACGAUGCGCAUUUGCCUGUUUAUGCCCAUCCACUUAAAGCUAAACUAAUUUUACAAGGAUAUGAAAAUAGCCCGUUGCACUUUCCGCAAUAA